AUGGAGGAAAGAUCCACUGAGGAGUUUCUCUUCAAAGACCAGGACUUCUCCUCUGAACUGCUGAGGCAGCUGAAUGCUCUGCGGCAGAGUGGGAUGCUGACUGAUGUUACCCUCUGCUCUGGGGGCUUUGAAAUCCCCUGCCACCGAAACGUGCUGGCUUCCAGCAGUCCCUACUUCAAGGCGAUGUUUUGUAACAACUUCAGAGAGAGUCGCCAGGCUAAAGUCAUCCUGAAAGGCAUUGACGCUGAGAUUUUGGAUCAGAUUAUCCUUUACAUUUACACGGGGGAGAUUCUUAUAUCUGCCGAGAAUGUACUGUGCCUCUUGGAGACGGCCUCCAUGCUGCAGUACACUAAGCUGUUUGAGGCCUGCUCUGCCUACCUCCAAGACAGGCUGACUCCUGACAACUGUCUAAGCAUGAUCAGACUCGCAAAAGUCUUGAACUGCCAAAACCUGAAUAAAAAAGCCAAGGCUAUGGCUUUGAAAUGCUUUCCUGAGGUGGCCUCUUCUGAGGACCUGAAGGACCUUUGUCCCUUGGAGCUCAUCGAUUACCUUGGGGACGAUGAGCUCUGUGGGGAGGAGGAGCAGGUCUUUGAGACACUGAUGGUCUGGAUCCGGCAUGACCUCCAGGCAAGACAACGUUACAUCCAAGAGUUGUUCAAGAAGGUCCGGCUUCAGUAUGUCCAUCCAACUUUCCUCUUCCACUUCAUUGCCAAUGACUCCCUUGUUCAGUCCUCGCCCACUUGCAGGAGCAUCCUUGAGUCAGUCCGGAGACAUAUGUUUUCCUUGUACAGCACCAACACACCUGACAUCAAGCCCAUGUUGCAUGUUCCCCGCAGGUACUCCAACCAAGAGUUCCUCAUCAUCAUUGGUGGCAGAAAGGACAGUCAGCAGACCACGAGAGAUGUCCUGCUCUACGAUGACAAGACCAACCAAUGGCUAAGCCUGGCCAAACUUCCCAUGCGCCUGUACAAAGCUUCAGCAGUGAGCUUACACAGCAAUAUUUAUGUGCUCGGAGGGAUGCCUGUUAGCAAUAAGAAAAGCCCUGUCAGUGAUAAUAUUUACAUUUAUUCCCUCAAACUCAAUCAGUGGAGGUUGGUUGAGCCCAUGUUAGUUCCACGUUACUCCCACAGAAGCUUGGCAUAUAAAAAUUAUAUUUUAUCAUUUGGUGGAAUUGGUGAAAACCAGGAAAUCCUGAAUUCUGUGGAAAGAUAUGAUAGCAUCUACAACACCUGUGAGAGCAUGGCAAACAUGCCUGUUGCCGUCCUUCACCCUGCUGUUGCUGCCAAAGAUCAGAGGGUCUACCUGUUUGGGGGAGAAGACAUUAUGCAAAACCCUGUCCGACUGAUCCAGGUUUACCAUGUCUCCAGGAAUAUGUGGUUUCGGAUGGAAACCAGAGUGGUGAAGAAUGUCUGUGCACCAGCUGUUGUGAUUGGAGACCAGAUUAUCAUCGUAGGAGGGUACACCAGGAGAAUAAUUGCUUAUGAUACAAAAGGCAACAAGUUUGUUAAAUGUGCAGACAUGAAGGACCGACGAAUGCAUCACGGAGCCACCAUCAUCAAGAACAAGCUGUAUGUCACAGGAGGACGAUGUCUCACUGCAGACAAUGUCAUUGAGGACUUGGAUUCCUUGGACUGCUAUGACCCAGAGACUGACACAUGGACACCAAAGGGAAAACUGCCACACAAGCUCUUUGACCAUGGGUGCCUUACACUCCAGUGUGUCCCCUGUUCUAACCUUCUCUAA